CAAAGGGGAAGUCCAGAUGCAGCCAUCACGGACUUGGCACCCCCCUUCGCAUCGGAUUAAUUGCCCUUCUUUCCCCCACCGUCUCCGAAACUUUUCCCAAGCGCAAUUACCGAAAAGUCCGGGAUGGAAGUGCGGCCGGUAUCGUAUGCAAAUGCGUGCGCUGACGUAGGCGAUCAUGUGGGUUUUGGCGUAGAUCCCUCCGUGAUCGGGAGAAUUUUUUUUCCCUGCUGUUGUCUUUGGGAUUCGGGAGAAUCUCCGGAAUUGCUCGCUGCGCGUCGCUUUCACACCUGGACGGGAAGCCGGUUCGGGAUCUGCUCGCCAUCGUCGCCGAACCGGGCAGCGCAGCACGGCAGGGGCUGGAGGAGCCCGGUACCUCAGCGCAGCUGGGCCAGAGUUUGAGGGGUGGAGGAGGGGCAGCCCUCAUCCGCCAGCACCGACCCCAGCCCCCCCCACCCCCUUCCCCCCUCUGCGGGGGGGGGGCUAAACAAGCCCGCUGGAAUCACCCACGCCAGGAAGCGAGGAUGGAGGUCACAGAGCGGUCAGAAUGUCUUUGAUGAAGUCUCAUGAAGUCUUUAACUGGAGCUGACAUUCAGAGUCAGCAGAAAAGUUUGAGAAGUGAAGGCUAAGGGGCAGACCCCUCCUCAAACGCAGAGACAUCUUGUCCACACAGUCCAGGUUCUUCAGCGAGGUCGUGCCGGAUCAGAGCGAUGGCAAGUCGAAGGAAGUCAUCCAUUCCUUGCAUGAUCCGAGCCAGCGAGCUGCCAGAUCAGGACAUCCCAGAAGACGUGGAAGCACCGGUUGACGGCGCCGUCGAGAAUGGGUCUUCACGGAGUCUGUCCGGCUGGACCUCGGAAAAAGACACCGUGAGUUCCGGAGGCAAGGGGAAGGAGGGGGUGGAGCCGGGACAGCCGAACGGAGAGGCGCAGCCCCAGAGAAAGCCUCAGGGCGGUUACGAGUGCAAGUACUGCACCUUUUCCACUCAGAACCUGAACGAAUUCAAAGAGCAUGUGGAUUCCAACCAUCCAAACGUCAUUCUCAACCCCCUAUACCUGUGUGCUGUUUGCAACUUCAACACAAAGAAGUUUGACAGUCUGACAGAACACAAUGAGAAAUGCCACCCCGGUGAGAGCAACUUCAAGUUCAAGCGCCUCAAACUCAACAGUCAGACAAUCUUAGAGCAGACGAUAGAAGGCGUGAACAGUGCCGUGGUCUAUGACACAUCCAUCUCCCAAAGUAACGAAGACAAUGUUUCCUCCAAUAGAUCAGCUUGUGGGAGGAACGUUAAACCAAAACUGGAAGGUAAACGGAUUUUCCGUAAGUGGGACGAGAAGGAGAACCCUCUGGAUGGCCUUACAUUAGACCUCCCAAAAAAACAAAUUGCGGCCCUAAAUGUCAACGGGACAGUUAUCAUCCCAGAAGCUGCUCUUAAAGAAGGGAUCUCUCACAUUAUGCCUUCCCUGCAACGCCCACCUAACUUCAACUCGGUACCAAAAAUCGCUGUCCCUUUGAAUACCGCCAAAUACAAUCCCUCUCUGGACGGAAACAUGACUCUCAUCGCCUCCUUUAACAAGUUCCCCUACCCAACCCAGGCUGAGCUUUCCUGGCUGACUGCAGCCUCCAAGCACCCGGAAGAACAAAUUAAGGUGUGGUUCACCACCCAACGGUUAAAGCAAGGCAUCAGCUGGUCUCCAGAGGAGGUGGAAGAGGCUCGCAAGAAAAUGUUCAAUGGAACCAUCCAGCCAGUACAGCAGACAUUUACUGUCUUGCCUGCUCCUCUGACACAGUCAACCAAAGCCACACAGUCAUUGAUUCAGACUGUUCCCUGUCAGCUCCUUGGACAGUCCAGCUUGGUGUUGACGCCUGUCGCUAAUGGGUCAACCGUAACCUGUGCUCCAAUUGCUCUUACAGUAGCCAAUCAAGUAGUACAGGCUCUCAAGAGGCCUUUGCCCGCCCCUGUGGUGGCCCCCGAGGCAAAAAGGCCAACCAUUAUUCAAUCAGUCCAAACCCCCCAGAAACCUGCCUCUCCCACUGCCACUGUCUGUCUGGAUCAAAAGAAAACUAGAGAUCAGAUUGCGGUGCUGAAGGCAAGCUACGCCCAGAGCCAAUUUCCAGACGAUAAUGAGGUGUACCGUCUCAUAGAAUCCACUGGUCUUUCCCGAGGCGAGAUCAAAAAGUGGUUUAGCGACCAGCGUUCUCGUAACAAUAAAGGUGUGUUGCACUUAAAUAGUGACCCGUCGGCAAAAGAGACUCAGCAAAAGACGGUUCCCACCCAGUUCCCUCUGUUGGAGAGGGUGAAGGGCAAAACUUCGGAACAAUUGAAAAUGCUUGAGGAAAGUUUUCAGAAAAGCAGCCUCCCAACCGAGGCUGAAGUUGACCAGCUGGUGACAGGCACCCGGCUCUCCAAGAAGGAAAUCGACAGCUGGUUUUCAGAGCGGCGUGCGCUGAGGGACAACAUGGAGCAAGCUCUGUUACACUCCAUGGGUUCAAAGAAGGUAGAGGUGGAGGAGCAGAAACUGCAACAGCAGCAUCGAGGAACGCUCAACGGCAUGCAUGAACAGGAAGGUCACCUAAGGUCAUCUCCCAUCACCAUUGUCUCGAGUGGUCCUUCCCCUAUUAACAGCAAAGCCCUGGGUCUUCUCCAGGAUGUUUUCAAGCAAACCCAGUGGCCAUCACCCGAGGAAUACAAUCAGCUGGAGGCCCAAACGGGUCUGUCUCGCACCGAAAUAGUAUGCUGGUUCAAGGACAGCCGGCUGGCCCUGAAGAGUGCAAAUCCAGAGCGGAUGGAUCAGUUUCAGAAGCCAGGAGGUCAGGGACAGAAUGAACAAGGUUCACCGUCAAGUGCCCAGGGCCUCGCCCAGCAGCAGUCCCAGGAGGCGAAGACGCUAAGAGGGGAUGAUGUCAAGAGGCCUGAGCAGUCAAAGCUCAGCAGCCAGGAGAUCGUAGACUGGUUUGCCAGUAAGCUGGGCCAGAACAUGUCUGAUCUCAAGAAGAAUGGUAGAGAGGAUCAGGAGGGCUGGGUUACAGUGACCAUGGGGGUGGGAAAUGAGAGCACAGACUUGAAGGAAAAGGCUCUGGCCUCAGAAUCUGACGUGGUAAUUGCGGACAACUCUGGAAGGGUGACUGGAUAAUGCAUGUAAGGUCAAGAUGGUGGCAGGCCAUAACUUAUGUGGAGGAUAGGAGAAAAGAAGGGACACAAUUGUUUUGAUUUUAUUAUUAUUUCCGUAUUUGAACCCAAUGAUUUCACAAGGGGUGCUGUGAAGUCAAAGGCAUAAGCAACUGUGAAAUGCACCUGAAGCACUGAGCUGGUGACCUUCGAGUGCCAAAGUUGGACUAAUGCAUUACUACACUUUAAAAAAAAAACACACAAAACUAAACAAAAAGGGCCCUUGUAUAUAUUUUUUUCUGUAUCGACAAGUUUGUACAA